GUUUCAUUCCCUCUAACUCUAACUGCUGCUCUUUCUUUCUUUCUUUCUUUUUUGUUGAAAUUAAUGAGGAUUCUCAAGGCUCAUAUAUAGGAUGAUUUCCUUUCCUUUUUUUUUUUGUAUUAACUUGAUCAGUGUUGGAUUUCUUUCCUGACAUUAGAGUAACUCCCACUUUGGAUUUGGAACGUUUAGCUUUAUGUUCAAUUUCUGACACUUAGAGAUUCACAAUCCGUCCCUGUUUAAUUCUUUUGGGAUCAAAGAUUGCAGCUUUAUGAUUACUGAUGCAUGGAAAUUAAUGUAUGGCUGGCUAGUUUUUGUGGUCUGAAAUGCAUUUGUGAUUGCAGUUGCAGACGAAUAAGUUUAACUGAUGAUGUUUGUGCAAACCGGGCUGAUUGGGUUUUGGAAUACAAAGGAAAGGAAUCCUUCAUGGAAGUUCCUCUUCUUGUUUUUCAUAUUUAGGCUGCUUUUGUGUUCUGGCUCGUGAUCAUGUCGUGUGUUUCUUCAUUUAAUUAGGCUUACCUUCUUCUCUAUAUGGGAUGGGAGAUUGAUUCUUCAUUAUGGAAGAUGCUGCCUUUACGCUUAACGACAUCUUGGCUAAGCUCUCUGACAACAACACUACUAGUGAUUUUAGUGAAUUCCUCUCCGACGGAUUCUGGCUAGAGACAACUACUGAUCAAGGAUCCAAUUAUUUCUCUCAUCAUCCUUUUACUACUUCUUCUCAGCCCCUUGUAUAUUUAGAUAAUAACCAUUCCAUUCCAAACACAAUUCAAGUGCUUGUUGACCCCCAAAUGGAUGAACUUUCUGCACCUACAAGACAAAACACACGGACUGAUUCUUCAACUCAAUUGCCUAGUUUUCAGCUGGUUGAAGGCACUGCUACUCAAAUGAAUAGUAGGAGGUUAUGGAUUGGACCAAACAGUCCCACAAACCCAAAUCCUAUUUUAUCAGUAAAGACGAGAUUGGUGCAGGCCAUUGAAUACCUAAAAAAUUCCACAAGAGAUAAAGAUGUCCUCAUUCAGAUAUGGGUGCCUGUCAAGAGAGGAGGCAAACAUGUACUUAUUACUCAUAAUCAACCAUACUUCCUCAACCCAAACUCCCAGAGUCUGUUAGAGUACAGAAAUGUCUCUCAAAAUUACCAAUUUGCUGCUGAGAAGGACUCAAAGGAGUUGUUUGGGUUGCCUGGACGUGUGUUCUUGAAGAAGCUGCCAGAGUGGACUCCUGAUGUUCGUUUUUUCAAAAGGGAGGAGUAUCCACGAGUUAAUUAUGCUCACCAGCAUAAUGUUAGGGGCUCCAUUGCAGUUCCUGUUUUUGAAACUGGCAGUGGAACUUGCUUGGGUGUUGUUGAGAUUGUCACAACUAUUCAGAAAACUCACUAUCACCCCGAGCUUGAAGAUGUCUGCAAAGCUCUUGAGGCUGUUAAUCUAAGAAGUUCUGGUAUCUCAUCAAAUCCUUCCAAAAUCAAGGACUGCAAUGAGUCUUACCUAGCUGCAUUGGCCGAGAUUCAAUAUACUUUGACAUGUGUGUGCGAUACACACAAGUUGCCAUUGGCUCAGACUUGGGCUCCGUGCAUACAACAAGGCAAAGGCGGGUGCCUGCAAUCUGAUGAGAACGUUGCUUCUUGUGUUUCUACAGUCGACACAGCUUGCUAUGUGCGCGAUCCACAAGUGGUGCCCUUUCAUUUUGCAUGUUCUGAGCAUCACUUGCUUAAAGGUGAAGGAGUUGCCGGUGGAGCUUUCAAUACAAACCAGCCAUGUUUUGCUACAGAUAUAACGGCCUUUAGCAAGACAGAAUAUCCACUGUCACACCACGCCAGGAUGUUUGGAUUAUGUUCUGCUGUAGCAGUACGCCUUCGAAGUAUAUACACAGGGUCGGCUGACUUUGUAUUGGAGUUUUUCUUGCCACUUGAUUGCAAAAAUACCGAAGAUCAAAAAAUAAUGCUAAGUUCACUGUCUUCUGUGAUACAACAAAGUUGCCGAAGCUUACGUGUUGUCACAGAUCAAGAAUUACAGGAGGAAAAAGAACUACUGCAACAUGAAAAGGUCAGCCUUUCCGUUGGUGAAUCGCAUGAGGAUGAAUCAAGAAAACCAGUCUCUCCACCUUACAGGGAUCAAGAUGCUUCUUCCUGGCUUUCUGAAAUGAUGGAUGCCCAAAGAAAGGGUAAAGGAACUGCUGCUGCUGUUUCAGAAAAUCACAAGGAUGAGCAAGAAGAAAAUUUUAAGGUCACGGCAGCCCCUUGGGAUUACACUCAGAGGGAGUCCAUUAAUGCAACCACAUUUUCAGAGCCAAACCAAAAUUUUGAACCCAAUGGAGGUUCCUUUGAUUUUUCUUCUGGUACUGGAUCUCAUUCCUCAGGUGCCAAGAGAGCAGGUGAAAGAAGACGAUCGAAAACCGAGAAGAGUAUCAGUUUGCAGGUACUCAGGCAGUAUUUUGCUGGGAGCCUCAAAGAUGCUGCCAAAAGUAUUGGAGUUUGCCCUACAACUUUGAAAAGAAUAUGCAGGCAACAUGGAAUCACCAGGUGGCCUUCUCGCAAGAUCAAGAAGGUUGGCCACUCAUUACAGAAACUUCAACUUGUGAUCGAUUCAGUCCAUGGUGCGGAGGGUACAAUUAAACUCAGUUCUUUCUACACCAACUUCCCUGAACUUAGCUCUCCAAAUAAUCCCGGGACCAGCAACUUCUCUACUUCUAAAAACGAUGAUCGUCUGCAACAAGUAAAUACUCAACCUGAUAGCAGCCCUGUGACCACCACAUCCAAGUCAACAUCUUCGUCUGGCAGUCAUAACUCCAGCUCAAGUUUAUUCUGUUCCACUGGUUCAAAGAAUUUAGUCCCGACAAAUAAUGUCUUUGCCACAACAGAGGAACAUCCUGGAGGAAUGCUAAAGAGAGCACAUACAGAAGCAGAAUUGCAUGAUAUGGGUCAAGAAGAAACCAAGCUUCUGGUCAGAUCACAGAGUCAAAAGAUCCAAAGCAAUCACAUUUGUAUGGAACCUCUGUGUCCUUUGCCAACAAGUAGCAAUCAGGUCUUACGGGAUUCAGGUACAUUUAAAGUAAAAGCUAUUUUUGGGAAGGAAAAGAUCCGUUUCAGCCUGCAAUCACACUGGGGUUUUGGAGAUGUUAAGCACGAGGUCAUGAGGCGUUUCAAUGUAGAAGAUGUUGGUAAAAUCGACCUAAAGUAUUUGGAUGAUGAUGACGAAUGGGUGCUUCUGACAUGUGAUGCUGAUCUUGAGGAAUGUAUUGAUAUACAUAAAUUCUCUAAAAGGAGAACAAUUAAAGUCUCCCUCCACCAUACUUACCAUACCAAUCUUGGAAGUUCAUUUGGUAGCAGCUGUCCAGCAUAAGCUAUAUUUGUGUUUCCAGCCUAAGUUGUGUUGGCACUAUGGAGGAUUAUUGGCAGUUGCAUGUAAGUAGAAAGAACGGCUUAUUUACUUUCUUUCUUAGUGUUAAUGGUUGAGAUGGCAGAGACAUGGUCAAUCCGCCACCCUAUAUGUGCAUUCUUGCUGAUUGCACACAGCAUACCCAUUGUAUCAUUUUUUUUUAUUAUUAUUAUUAUCAAUCAAUGGGAAUGUAAUAUAGAGCAUACAAUUAAGCAUCAAGUGAGAUGGACGUUCAGUCAUGUUGAUAGUGCACUUUGGCAUGGUUCUAAGCGGAAUAGUCUUCACUAGUCAUUUCACAUUCUCCAGUGUAAAUGUUUUGGGUGAUGAAACCAAAUAGACAUUUUCCAGUGUCUAAUUA